AUGGCAAUUGAGGCAACCAUCAACCCAAAGUUGCCCACAUGGAGUGGGGAUUGGCUUCAAUGGCCAGACUACAAGUUGUCGGUAGAAUUGGAAGCGGAUGCAACUUCCAAAGACGACCUCAGCAGACUUGCUCCAAAGUUGGUGAGAAACCUCACCGGAAAGGCAUGGGAGACAGCGGUUGGCCUUGAGAGAGAGAAAUUGAAAAGUGAAGAUGGAGUGAACUAUUUGCUUUCCUAUUUGGAGGAGAAACGAGGCCGCCAAAAGGUUGAUGUCCUCGGAGAUGCUCUUGGAGUCUAUUUCCAAAAGAGCGAGAUAGUGCGAAAAGAUGGUGAGGUUUGGAAUGACUUCGAAGCUCGCCAUGCGGCUAAAGUCCGAGACAUCAACAAAGCUCUGGUCGCAGUCGGCGCAAAAGGUGAUACUCCAAGUGAAAUCUGGGGUUGGUUCCUUUUGCACCAGUUUGUCCGCCUUGAGCCCUCCGACGUGGCCACCGUGAAGUCUUUUGCCAAGAACUACCAGCUUGAUGAAGUCUGUAGAGCCAUGCGUCAACUAUGGGGAGGUGAUAGCCUUGCUCUCCGUGACCAGGAGCGCAAAAAGGCAAAGAACAAUGUCAAGGUUUUGAUGAAUGAGCCCAACACGCCUGAUGACAAUGGCAUUUGGUUAGGAUCUCCAGAUCUUGACGGUGAGGAAGUGAAUCAUGAAGAUGAUCCGGAUCUCACUGAGGAUGAGAUCUCAGUCUUGUUUGAUGAAGCAUGCGAGGCCCUUCAUGAAGACCCUACUAACCCAGUAGUCCUUGCCAAUUUCCAAGAGAUGAAGAAGUUGAAGUACACGGAAGCCAGGAAGGCUCUGGACCGUAGCCGAACAGCCCGUGGAUUCUUUCCCAACAGCACCCGAAGCAGCACGUCCAUGAACUCCCGCACAAGGAAGCCACCACCUUUUGAUGGUCUUUGCAUGCGGUGCGGAAAACAUGGCCACAAAGCCAGAGAUUGUCUGCAGAAGGCUGCUCCUUCAAACUCUCGUCGUGAACCAGCUGCUGGAAAGAUUGGUUUUGUGGGCUACUUGCAGGACGCCAACCAGGCUCUUGUGAAUGACGCGGACACGAUCAUGGAUACUGAGAGCGCAAUGGUCUUUGAAGAGGACCUUGACUUUCUGUAUCAAGAGAGCCAUCCCAUCCAUGUGGCAGUGGCAUGUGAGAAAGGAGCUGAGAACUCAGAGGGUCCUGGGUUCAUUGGAUCGACGCAGGAAACCACCCGUGACAAAGCAAUCAUUGACUGCGGGGCUUCCGAGUCCAUUGUUGGAGCCAACAUGUUGCAGGAUUUCUGCGACACGCUUCAUGAACUUGGCUUUGACCCAAAGUCGGAAGUCACGGUGGAUCGUCAAGUGAAAAAGAGCUUCAUCUUCGGCAACAAUGAAACCAGUUCCUCACUUGGACUUGCCAAGGUCAACACUGGUAUGUGUGGCACCGAACAAUCAGUUGAUCUGCACGUUGUGGAAGGAUCGACACCCUUCCUGCUCUCCAGCAAAUGGUUGUGGGAGCAAGAGGCGACUAUCAACUUCAAGACGGGCAAGGCCCUUUUCCCCAAGUUGUCUGACAACCAGGUGCAGCUCGAACGAGCCCCUACAUUCCAUCUUCUUUUGCCACUCACGGCUUUUGAAGGAAAUGGAAAGUUGAUCAACGAGCUGCUGGUGACUGAUGAUGAUCAGGAUGUCUCUAUCCUCAAGCUCCAGAGUGCGCCUCCUGAGAAGACCACGCUGAGUGAGGGGGUGGCUGGGCAACAGCCGAUCAUGCUGUUAGCCAAGAAGAACAUGAUGGUGGACUUGAACAACCACUUAGCAUUGAUGAAAGAUCGAUCAGCCUUCUUGGGGUUAGUAGAUGCAUGCCAGGAAACACAUGCGUUUGAUGAGUGUUUUCAUGAGGCAGGUUUUUUCCGCAAGUUGGACCUUUUUCAGUGGCUGGAGGGUCAGGGGAUUCGAGUGCAAGCCAUCGCUGCAGAAGCGCCUUGGCAACUUGGCAAGCAUUCGAAACACCUGGAGACUGUGAAAGAAAAUGCAAGUCUCUUGGCCCUUGAAACGGCCGCUGAUGUCGACGUGGAAGAGACGUUUGACGACAAGAACCGGCAUCCGGAAGUGGAAUCCAGCGAGAACCUCACUCAGAACUACCGCGAGAUGGAUCUCAAGCAGCUGGGAGAGAUGGAGCAGAAGCACGGGAAGUACUCCGGGGUGAAGCUAGUGGACAUCGUGGAAAAGAAGGAGGACUUCACAUACCUGCGGUGGCUCGUAGAGCAUCAUCCAAAGAACCCCAAGUUUUUGGCCCUGCUGAUCUAUCUGGAGCGUCACGAGCUCGUGGCCAGUCAGCAAGCCAAGACAGCCGAGCCCAAGUCAGUGAAGAAGCCCGGCGAGACUUUGAUACCCAUGUCCAGUCAAAGCGGCUCGCCCUACCCAGCCGGGAACCAGGACUCAAUGCUCAAGAUCGAGAUCCUCGAGAAGCGCAUGCAGGAGAUGCACUCCGAAAUGCAGACAAUGUUCCAAACGAUUCUGGAGCUGAAGGAUCACAAUCGCCAGAUCCAGGAGGCAGUCAUGGUUCUCAGCAAUCAUGUGGCCGGACACCAGAAUCGCAUCCAACACCUCGAGGACACGGCAGUACUGCCCUCCGACUUCGAGCCAGAGGAGACGCCCAUUCCUGUGAAUUACAUGGUUGAAAAUUCGGAAAUGAUUGAAAUCACUAUGAUUGUGGCCCCAAGGGAUGUCCAUAAUCAAAGGCGAAAUGGAGUUCAAGAGUGGGUUCUGAAUCAGAAACCCAAAAAGAAUGCUGAAGUAAAACUCAAGACCCUCAAUGAGGAAGAAAAAGCUGAAUUCCGUGUUGCCAUGCGGAGUGAGAUUGACAGUUUUCUGGAAAGGGAAGCCAUUGCCAUUGCGUCAAGACACGGUAUCGACCCCCAAAAGUUGUUGAACAUGCGAUGGGUUUUAACCUACAAGCCUAUCACCGAUGAACAGGGAGAAUCCGCUCAAGAAGAGCAGAUUACUUUCUGUGGUUGCGAAAUCACUCAGGACUCGCAUUUUUCAAUUUGCCUAGGACAGGAACGAUAUGCCCUCGGCAUCAACGAGAUUUGUGUGUCUCCGCAGAGAAAGAAAGAUCCUCAAGCUAAGGCCAAUAUUGAGGAGAAGAAACAACUCAGAGCCACUCUAGGUGCCUUAUCUUGGAGAGCCACACAGACAUGUCCAUGGCUGGCAGCAAGUGUUUCCGUGUUGCAGGGAAAACAAAAUGACCCGUCCAUUGAAGAUCUGUUGGAAGCUAACAAACUCAUCCGGAUGCAGAGGCAAUUUUGUGAAAUGCCCCUGAGAUUUAGCAGUCAAAUUCAAGAACCUGUUUUGGUCAGUUAUUCGGAUGCUAGUUGGUCUUGUAGGGCUGAUGGUUCUUCCCAGGGCGGUCAACUUACCGUUCUAGCAGAUCGAAAGUUUCUGGAUGGUCACCGUAGCGAGUUCUCUUUGGUCAGUUGGCAGAGUAGAAAGCUUGGUAGAGUAGCCCGUUCAUCCACAUCCGCUGAGGUACAGAUGGCUUCUAAUACCACUGAUAACCAUGAAUUUUUGAAGCAGGUUAUUCUUGAAUGGUUUAACAAGGAAAAAUUUGAACCUCAUCAAGUGGAUGCAGCUAUGCGCCAAAUUCCUUCGGUCCUGAUCCUUGAUUGCAAAAAUCUGUACGAUGCCAUGUGUAGGAUCCAGUCAAGUGGACUUCAACUUGAAGAACGCAGAACUGCCAUUGAUGUUUUGUCAAUCCGUGAAAGAACACUUGAAACUGGAAUCCAGGUUCGUUGGACGGACUCUGAUCAACAGUUGGCUGAUGGACUUAGUAAACCCCAAAAAUUUGAUCAUCUUUUGGAUUUGCUGAAACAAG